UUGGCCAGACGAUCGGGUUAGUGCGCGCCCGCAGGCCAACGCAGUUGGAACGCAUUCUAGGACAGAGAGCAGCCACAGACCGAUCGGAAUUGGAGAUACCCAAACACACACUCACACACACACACGCACACACAGAUACAAAAUGGAGGACGACGAGAAAAUGGACAUCAUGCGCAAGGCAUUCCAAAUGUUCGACACACAAAAGACGGGCUUCAUUGAGACGCUGCGCCUCAAGACGAUCCUCAACAGCAUGGGCCAGAUGUUCGAGGAGAGCGAGCUGCAGGCGCUGGUGGACGACAAUGAUCCGGAGGAUACUGGCAAGGUGAAUUUCGAUGGCUUCUGUGCCAUUGCCGCCCAUUUCCUGGAGGAGGAGGAUGCCGAGGCCAUUCAAAAGGAACUGAAGGAGGCCUUCCGCUUGUACGAUCGCGAGGGCAAUGGUUACAUCACCACCUCCACUCUCAAGGAGAUCCUGGCCGCUCUGGAUGACAAGCUCUCCUCCAGCGACUUGGAUGGCAUCAUUGCCGAGAUUGACACGGACGGCUCGGGCACUGUGGACUUUGACGAAUUCAUGGAGAUGAUGGCCGGCGAGUAGCUGGCAUUCACUCAUUCAUUAUUUGCUGAUAUUUAGACGAUAAAACCAACGUGGAAAAUGAAGCUUUUGGGUUUAAUAAUAAUUUUUUAUUAUUUUUAAAUAAAUUAACUAAACGCUUUCGUAC